UGGUGAGGGUCGGCAGCGUGUUGGAGUGCCGGCGGUGAUGCCCACACCGGCCGCUGUGCCCAGUUGGCGCUUUACUCUGGCACCUCAUACCCACGGAACAUGUGACACCGUCCGUGGCCCUCCCGUGGCAUCGUCUGUGGCCCUCCCGUGGCAUCGUCCGUGGCCCUCCCGUGGUAUCGUCCGUGGCCUUUUCCCUGCGUCUCAACUGGUGGAGGCCUUAGACCUAAGUCCUCAAGGGAUUCAACACCAAGAUGCGAAUUUGGGACAGUUGAAGAUCUUGCUAGCCGAACAGUGUUUCUGUGAACCAACAGUGUUUUUGUAGUUGCUGAAGCCGAUGUGUUUAGGUGUAUUUCGUACGAGGUGUUGUGACGGGGGGAGGCAGGGAGCCAUGUUUGUUCGUGGCAGCUAGAGGUUGGAAGUGAGGGCUAUUGGAUAAGUCUUCCCUGAGAGUGAGGGGAGAGCGAGGGAUACUCGUAUCUCUAAAGAGGGAGAGGAAAAGAAAGAAAAAAGCAGGAAGUGAUUAGCCCGGGUAAAAAAUAGCGUGAGGUUGGUUACUGUGAUAGCCUGAGAACUGUUGAGACUCAGGGGAAAAAUAAAAAAGUUUGCCCUGCACGUGGAGGGUCGCCAGUGUUGCUGUGAGAGGGACUUUUGUUUGAGCUUCCGGUGAGAAGACAUCACUGCCAGUGUCACCACCAGUGUCACCACCACCGCCACCAUGACGACCUUCUGUCGCAUCACCGGUUGCGCUCGCAACCUGCCCAAGCCUUGUUACUUCCCGCUGUUGCCGCCCAUCACUCCCGCCGAGGCUAAAAAACUCUGUCGAAUCACCGGCAAGGCGUCAGAAAUACACAGCUACUCACCCAUUAUCGCCUUCGGUAAGCCAGUUCGCUUCGACGGCACAGAAGGAUGCAAAAUUACCAAACACGAGAGUCUAGUCUACGUGCGUCCUGUGUUUGAGAAAACUAAGGAAAAUGAGAAAUCUUAUUCCUAUCUAGAAAGCCUUCUCAAGAAGAUGAAAGGUAAACUUAAGAAACGACCCGAAGGUGAGCUGGAGUUUGUUUAUCAUCUUUCAGAGCAGAAGACUAACUUGAUAGUGCCUUGUGAGAUGGAGGAAGCUAUCAGGACGGGGGAGCUGGAGGCAGUCUCCAUGAGCAAGGAUAGCAAGUUUGUCAAUGUCAAGAUCAAACAAGGACGUAUUAUCAAGAUGAAUCUCAGGGUCAUUCAGUUCUCCGAGAUUAACGAGAGAAAUGAUCUGUUUUAUGGGCGCGGGCAAAACAAGGAUGUUCUGGAGGAGCAACAGGAGAUCCUCAAUGAGAGGAACAAGAGGAAAGCCAACACCAUGGCCAGAAAACAGCGUUUCGAAGCUCUCGAUGCUAAAGCCGAGGCAGACGAACUGAGAGAUACUGUGAGACCUCCUUACAACAAACCCAGAGUCAAGUUCAAUGCAAAACAACGAGCAGAGAAACUAGCCAGGAUGGAGGCGAUGAUGAGGGAACAGGCAACAAACAGGGCCAUUCUCCUACCUAAGCUUGAUACUAAAAAGAUGCAAGACGAACAAUUGCAGUACGAGAGGAUGCUUGCGGACAUCAUGAAGGCUCAGGUGUCCUCAAUUAACGUAACAGUCCUUGCAUCGGGCUUAGACUGGCACGCAGCGAACGAGGCCGAGAAUGCCGGCUUUGACUGGGACAGUUUCCCGCACGAGGAAUGGAUCGAUCCAGUUGAGAUCGUGGAGACACAAGUGGCAAAAGAAGAAGUACUGAUGAGGGAAGAUGUGACCAACCUUGAAAUUGUUGUCUCUGUGGAAACUGUCAAACCCGCGCUACCGAUGCCGGAGGAUGUGGCAAAGAGAAUGUGUAACUUGAAGGAAGAUGUCCUUAAGAAGACCGAGCAUGUUACAGAGACUCUGAAGUCUGUGAGAGAAGCUGAAAUAAUCCCAACGUUCAGCGAUAUCAGCAAGAUUGCAGCUGGAAUUGAGACGGCGGAGGUGGGAUACCUAGUCACGAAGGAGGAUAAAGCCGAGUUUGUAACUAAAGUUGAUUAUAAUGAGAAUGAAAAACAGGCUGUAUCCGGAGCCUUGGUUGAAGUAGAUGAGAAGAAGAAAUUCGUGGCAGGUCAGAUCAUCAAACUUGCUGAUCAGGAGGCCUUUGUUGCCGGCCAGACAGUGGAGACCCUACAAGGGAAGAAGUUUGUGCCAGGUCAGACUAUCAUAAACAAGAAUGGUGACAUCAGUUUCUUGCCUGGUCAGUGUAUUAAGUCACCUGAUGAAAAUGUAAACUUUGUUGCUGGUCAGAUAUUCAAUAGUCCCAAUGGUCCGAAGUUCGUGGCUGGUCAGGUGAUGGAUCGCGGCGAUGGUAAUUCAGUUUUUAUCACCGGUCAGACAAUCAAUACCGAGGAGGGUCCAAAAUUCAGUCCAGGCGAGGUGACGGUAGAUGCGUAUGGAGAGGAGCUGUUUGUGCCAGGUAUGAAGAUGCCCACCGUAGACGGCGAGAAGUUCGUCACGGGUCAAGCUUUCCAGACCGAAGAGGGGCUUACCUUCAAGCCAGGUCAGAUAAUGGACACUAUCGAGGGUCCAACGUUUGUUCCCGGUAAGACCUUCGAUACUCCAGAGGGUAAGAAAUUCAUCAAGGGUGACCUGGUGCAAGACGAGGAAGGCAAACUCAAGUUUGAGCAUAGGCCCUUCGAAGUGCCCAAGAUCAGCGAGUGGUUGGUAAUCCCUAAUAAGGAACUCCAACCUCUAGCCGUGGCUGACAGGAACGUGGCCGGAUUCACCGUCAAUCCCACGAACACGGACAGUAUUCUGGUAGGGGAGAGAUUGUAUGGAGACAUGGUGGAGACCCAGAAAGCGGUACAAUUCUACCUCACUGGCAAAAUGCCCAAUGAUAUCUCUCCGGAUUCUAAAGUCAUUCCGGGUCAACUUAUCGUCAAUGAAGUGGAUAAGAGGUUCAUCCCUGGUAAACUGAUGACCACUGCUGACGGUGAGAGGUUCGUGCCAGGUCAAACGGUCAACACAAGUCAUGGGGAGGAGUUCAUCCCAGGUCAGAUUGUCGAGAGCUCAGAUGGUCCAAAGUUUGUACCAGGGCAGGUCGUGAUGACUUCAAAGGGUGAGAAGUUCGUACCAGGUCAGGUCAUUGUGGAGGACGAUGGCCCAAAAUUCGUCCCAGGUCAGAUCAUCCAGACGAAGAAUGGAGCCACCUUUAUCCCUGGACAGAUGAUGAGUACAGAUGAAGGUCAGCUCUUCGUUCCAGGUCAGUUGGUGGAGACAAACGCUGGACCCCGCUUCGUACCAGGUCAGGUCGUGGAAAGCCCUGAGGGACCGAAGUUUAUCCCCGGCACCAUCAUUGAGACAGACGAAGGGUUGAAGUACGUUCCACCAGAUGCAGACGAAAUCGACGAGGACUUCCAGAUCUCCUUCCAGGGCUUCGAGAUCAGCGAAGAGGAAUUGGCUCUUUUAAUGACAAAUCCCACAGACACACGUCCUCACUCCCCCAUCAUGAGCGAGGAGGGCCUUAUAGAUUCAGCCACGCUGAAGAAACUGGCCAUGGAUACCGUCUUUGUCCAUGGCGUGACUCCAGAACCACCUCCUCCCUUGCCAGAAAAGAAGAAAAAGAAGAAAAAGGCACGAGUGCAGCUGGAUGCUGUGGAGGAAGAUGGAAAAGAAGAGGUUGAGGAGCCAGACGAUGGGACAGAUAAGGUUGACGUUUUGCUGAGAUUCAUCAGGGCCUCGACGAGUAUGUCUCAGACGAGACGAGCUAAAGAGAUGAAGAAGCUCUCCAGGCUGCUUGGAGAGCGAGAGUACGAUAAUAUGACACUCUUGCAGGUGGAUGCCAUGGCCCACAUCCUGUCCACAGUCAAUGGCACGGGAGAGGUAGUUCGUGUGUUCUUGGGUGAGAACGAACAGCUAAUUAGCGACAUCGUUGACUACGUCGAUUCCACCGACACGGACUCCAUCAGCAGGAAUGACCAGGCUAAGCGAACCCUUAGGAAAGCUGUUCAGAGAGUUGUGGCAAAAUACUGCGACAAAGAGAUUGAUGAUAUCAUCCACCUCCUGAACAUCAAUCCCGAGAAUCUCCUGACUGACACACGAAUCCAGGUGCUACUGACGGAGGCUGUCGGCAUCGUUUGCGUCACUGGCAACGUGGAAGUCGCCGCUAUGUUGGAGCGAUUCAUCUCGGAGCCUUCAGACCCCAACGCUCUCAGAGACAACCCAGACGUGGUCUCUGUCCUCCGCCAGUUGGUAGUUCUUCACAAAAUUGCAGAACGUGACACAGACGUGGCUAAAAUGCUACAGGUCCUGCAGACUAACCCCGAGGGACUGAAAGACCGGAGGAAAAUCAGAGAACUACUGAAGAACGCCAACCUGCUGCUGAGACUGCCCAAAGUGGAAGGAGAAGACGUGGCGUCCUUUGACCUCCGUCACGUGGCGUCUUCAAAGGACAUUCCCACCAAGAUCUUUGAGCAGAUCCGCGAGGACAGGAAGGAAGCCGACAAGUUCAUCGAUAUGCUUCCUGACGAACUCUUCCGGGAGAUCCUACAAGACAAGCGCUGCGGGGAGUCCUUCCUGGAGACUCUCGACUCAGAGAAGGCCAGCAAAGCUAAAUCUGAGCAACACAAAUUCAAAAAAGGGAAAGGGCCAUUGUGAUAACGAAGGACACAUCAGGCUUCUUUCCCCAAAGGAAAACUAGCGCCGGCCAAGGUUAUUGAAACCCCGGGUCAUGCCAUUCCACUAUGCCAAAAAACCCCUCGUAUGAGAAGACGACAACUCAAGCGUCGUGGAGGAGCUGUGGCCUGCCAGACGCACGAGACGACAGCUCAAGCGUCAUGGAGGAGCUCUGGGCUGCCAGAUGCACGAGACGACAACUCAAGCGUCGUGGAGGAGCUGUGGCUGCCAGACGCACGAGAUGACAACUCAAGCGUCGUGGAGGAGCUGUGGCCUGCCAGACGCACGAGACGACAACUCAAGCGUCGUGGAGGAGCUGUGGCCUGCCAGACGCACGAGAUGCCAACUCAAGCGUCGUGGAGGAGCUGUGGCCUGCCAGACGCACGAGACGACAACUCAAGCGUCGUGGAGGAGCUGUGGCCUGCCAGACGCACGAGAUGCCAACUCAAGCGUCGUGGAGGAGCUGUGGCCUGCCAGACGCACGAGACGACAACUCAAGCGUCGUGGAGGAGCUGUGGCCUGCCAGACGCACGAGAUGCCAACUCAAGCGUCGUGGAGGAGCUGUGGCCUGCCAGACGCACGAGAUGCCAACUCAAGCGUCGUGGAGGAGUUGUGGCCUGCCAGACGCACGAGAUGACAACUCAAGCGUCGUGGAGGAGCUGUGGCCUGCCAGACGCACGAGAUGACAACUCAAGCGUCGUGGAGGAGCUGUGGCCUGCCAGACGCACGAGACGACAACUCAAGCGUCGUGGAGGAGCUGUGGCGUGCCAGACGCACGAGAUGACAACUCAAGCGUCAUGGAGGAGCUCUGGGCUAUCAGACGCACGAGAUGACAACUCAAGCAUCGUUGAGGAGUUGUGGCCUACGCACGAGAUGACAACUCAAGCGUCGUUGAGUUGUGGCCUGCCAGACACACGAGAUGACAACUCAAGCGUCGUGGAGGAGUUGUGGCCUGCCAGACGCACGAGAUGCCAACUCAAGCGUCGUGGAGGAGCUGUGGCCUGCCAGACGCACGAGAUAACAACUCAAGCGUCGUGGAGGAGCUGUGGCCUGCCAGACGCACGAGAUGACAACUCAAGCGUCGUGGAGGAGCUGUGGCCUGCCAGACGCACGAGAUGCCAACUCAAGCGUCGUGGAGGAGCUGUGGCCUGCCAGACGCACGAGAUAACAACUCAAGCGUCGUGGAGGAGCUGUGGCCUGCCAGACGCACGAGAUGACAACUCAAGCGUCGUGGAGGAGCUAAGACAAGGAAACAUAUUUACCAUCAUUCAUCCAGCACCUGUGGUGCUGGAAAAAAGCGGACAUCACACUGGUGGUGGAGUUUACAUCCUGCAGACUACAGGAGGAUCAAGAAGACAUCCUGUAGACUACAAGACUACACUGGAGAUAGGGUAUAAAUCAUACGGGCCUGUGAUAACCCCUGGAGAUGACUGUGUUUGGUGUCGACAGAGGGCCAUGUCAGGCGAGCAGUACAGCAUGGUGAUGCUGGGGAAGAGGCGCUCAUCUGCCGUUCACGAUCUCCUCUACACCUCCCUCCUGCCUUCUUCGGGACCCACCAGACUCUCCUACACCGACGGCGGCAUCAAUGGAGACCUGGACGAUGUACUUCCCUACCGCCGCUCCUCCAGGGCCGGCUCCCUCGUCUGGAAUGAUCUGGAUUCUGCAUCUCUCACCUCACAGCGCAAGGCUCUCAACGGUUACGGGGACUACCAGAGGCGCGGAUCUCAAACUCUUAGUGACUUCGAUGACAUGGAUGGUUCUUCCAAUAUGCAGCGACGGGCGUCUCGCGGCCACAAUGAUGUGUCUGGAUUUGAUGCUGUCAACUUCAUUUAUCGUCGACCUACGCGGGAGGAACUGGAUGACUACGGUACAUCUUACAGUGCCUUGAUGCCUUGCAAUCCAGUAGUGCUGGACGAAGUCACCGAUCCUGCACCUCUUUGUCGCUCCGAUACUGUUGCUAAACUCCUGGAUAAGUAUACUAAUUUUUCCACGAGGCGAGAGUUUGGUUACCACCCUCCGAACAGUGCCUGGGCGAGGCACGUUGGGAAAACGAGAGACUUUGUGUCCGGACUCCCUGACUUUAAGGGCGAGGAUGAAGAACAAGAACCAGAAUUGGUGGAUGAAGAAGGAUACACGACUUCGGAACGCGCGAUGCUGCCCCCGACGAAACUUUUAGCUUGUGCUGACGCGGGUAAACACAGAAACGUCUCAGAUACCAGAGACCACUUACCCCGGUCUUUGACCAACAGCAGGGAAGCACCAUCUCUUCCUGAUGAGUACUCUGUGGUCCCCGUUGAAGAUGGCACAGCAGACGAAUCCCGGGGAGGUGAUAGCACUUAUUUAGGUCCUGAUAUUAACUUAAUGACCCACGAUAGCUCAUAUAUCCCUCGGACCUCCUACGUUUCCAAUAAACCAAUGUCCAAAGAAGACCAGUUGGUCUCCACUCCGCCUCCCAGACGGAAAGCCGCGCGGCCUGCAGCACAGGAAGUUAACGAAGUACAGGACCCUCUGGAGUCGCUGCCACCAGGUCGGCCUGGAGGAGCUCUUCAGCGCUACAUGGAGAGGAAGGCCAGAGAGACUCGGGCAGUCCACGACCAGUCUGAAGCUUCUGAAGAAAGGAUCGAACCACCUCUGGAGACUCGAAGUCGGGUAUCGAAGACCUCUCGUGGAAGGCAGUUACAGGAGGGUGGCAAGGCACCGCCUCAGUCACAGGGUCCUAGGAACUGGCCAGACCAAGAUGACCUGAGGACUUCCCUCGCUCGAGACUCCUAUGGCCCGGCCUCACAAGAGAGUCCAUACAGACACACUCCUGAUGAUCGCUUUGACAGAACUCCGCAAGAUCCAUACAGAAGACCAGAGGAUCAAUACAACAGGAUGUCACAGGAUGCCUAUGGAAGAACAUCACUGGAGCCUUACGUUAGGGAUAUGCAGGACUCUUACGGUAGGACUUCAGGAAACCCUAGCGUAAGGGGGUCACAGGACACUUACGGUCGGGAUCAGAAUCGUGAAGACUCGUAUGGUGACAGGUCUAUGAAGAGUAGGUAUGUCGGCGAGGAUCCAUCUCUAGGCAGCUACAGUCAGCGUCGGCCCACAUACGGCGGAGUGGCAGACGGCUACAGUCAGGACCUCACUGGUUACGGAGGCAGCUACGGAACCACCGGUUAUGGCAGUGGUUACGGUGGCGGUGGGGGAUACGACACCGGCGGCGGCGGCGGCGGCGGCGGCGGCGACGGCGGAAGAUACGGCAGCGCCUACAGCGGAAAUACCUAUAGCGCAGGUGGGGGGAGUUACGGUAGCGGCUACAGCGGUACCUAUGUCCCUGGUGGGGGCUACAGCAGUAGCUACGCUCCUGGCGUUAGCUACGGCGGUAGUUACGCUUCUAGCGGUGGCUACGGCGGUACUUAUGCUCCUAGCGGUGGCUACGGCGUGUAG